AUGUCAAGCAUCAUUGCCAUUCCUACUCAAGGCAAUCGAUAUCAGCUAAAUCGGGCCUCCGAUGUAUCCCUCCCUCCAAAUGCCGAUGACGACUCGCUUGCCAAUAUGGCCGAGCCUGAGUCUAACAAGAUAGAGCCAAGAAUAGAGCCAUCAGGAACUAUAAAGCCUGCUCUUGUGACCAGGACAGCAGCGAUGGUCGGAUCUGGAGAAGGAGGAGAAGCAGAUGAAGCACCUGAAGACGAACUCGAGGCUGAAUUCGGUGAAAAAGUUGCCUUGGAGGGGAACGAUACCAAGAUAGAUACCCUGUUCCCUCAAUCUGCAAUUGGCAGAUUCGAAUUCGAGUUCAAGAGCAAGACGGCGGAUGAGCUUACUGUCAACGAGAACAAGACUCCUGCAGCCGCUCCAGCAGGUUUUGAACACAUCGAGCCAAGUUCAUUCCAAGUCGCCCUCGGAGUCAGCAGAGGCGUCGGCUUGACCUUGGCCAAGAUUGACUAUAUUUUCGAUAUCGGCAAUGCUGCACUCGCGGGCAAGGAUCUCUCGCAGUCGAGAGUCGGAAGACUCAAUACUGAUACCAGCGCAUUCGUCAUUGACGAAACGCUUGGUUCACUUAAAUUCGAUGUUGAGGAAGGCGAAAUUAGCCUUACCCUGAAUGAUGGUGUCGUUGCUGAAGGAGAAUGGGGCAUAUUCCUCCCGGUCGCGAUUGCUAGAAGAGAACAGCCCUUGCACAGUCGAGGCAACACCCAAGCAAGAAACGGAUAG